CACUUUCACUCUUGACAAACUGGAGCAGGACACGAAACGGUGAGAGGAUUUUCCUGCUAAAUCUUUCCCACCAUGUUUCCCUUCCUGCUGGUGCUUCUUCUUCUCUGUCCUCCCUCAUCUGGAGCUCAGAUCCCAAACCAAGACCAACCCAAAGACCCCCCCAUCGCCACCAAUGGUCAGCCCUUCCCUUGGGACCGAAUGAGGCUUCCCCAAACUGUCGGCCCCCUGCACUACGACCUGACCCUCCACCCAAACCUCACCACCCUCGACUUCACCGGUGUUGUUCGCAUCAGUCUGGAUGUGCGCGAAGCCACCAGCACCGUGAUUCUCCACGCCAAGCAGAUGCAGGUAUCCAAUGUGCUGCUCCUGGGUCCUGAUGGUGCGAGGCCCCUGAAGGUGUUGGAGUAUCCUGGUUUCCAUCAGCUGGCCCUGCUGUCGGACUCGGUUCUGACCAAAGGCAGGAAUUACGAGGUCCAGCUGGAAUUUGCUGCAAACUUGUCCGACAGCUUUCAUGGCUUCUACAAAAGCAGCUAUCGCACAAGCAGCGGGGAGGUCCGAGUCAUGGCGUCUACACAGUUUGAGGCAACAUUCGCUCGCGGUGCCUUCCCCUGUUUUGACGAGCCCGCCUUCAAAGCCAAUUUCACCAUUCGUAUCACACGAGAGCCACGCCACAUAGCCAUUUCCAACAUGCCCAAGGUUAAAACCGUAGAGCUGCCUGGUGGUUUACUUGAGGAUCACUUUGACACGACUGUAAAAAUGAGCACGUACCUGGUGGCCUAUAUCGUGUCCGACUUCCUGUCUGUGAGCAGGACCACGCAGCGCGGAGUUGAGAUCUCCAUUUAUUCUGUCCCUGAGAAGAUCAACCAGACGGCGUUUGCUUUGGAUGCUGCAGUCAAGCUGUUGGACUUCUAUGACGAUUAUUUUGAUAUCCCUUACCCGCUUCCCAAACAGGACUUGGCAGCUAUCCCUGACUUCCAGUCUGGAGCGAUGGAGAACUGGGGUCUGACCACCUACAGAGAGACUGCCCUCCUCUUUGACCCUGACAAGUCCUCCGCCUCCGACAAACUGGCCAUCACAAAGGUCAUCGCUCACGAGCUUGCUCACCAGUGGUUUGGAAACUUGGUGACGAUGGAGUGGUGGAACGACUUGUGGCUCAACGAGGGUUUUGCCAAGUUCAUGGAGUUUAUUUCCCUCGACAUCACUUACCCAGAGCUGCAUGUGGAUGACUUCUUCUUGGGCAAAUGUUUUGAGGCUAUGGAGGUAGAUUCUCUCAGCUCGUCCCACCCCGUCUCCACUCCGGUGGAAAACCCCACACAGAUCCAGGAGAUGUUCGAUGAUGUGUCAUACAACAAGGGAGCGUGUAUUCUGAACAUGCUUCGGGACUUCCUCACUCCUGAGGCCUUUGAGAUCGGCAUCAUUCGAUACCUGAAGCGCUACAGUUACCAGAACACGGUGAACAGCCACCUGUGGGAGAGCCUGACUGAUAUCUGCAGCUCUGAUGAUUUGGACGUAGGUCGGAUGAGACACGUGGAAUUCUGCUCCAAACGUAAACUUCAGUCUGGAGCCUCUAAGUGGUACUCUGGCGACGAGCUGGAUGUCAAGGCCAUCAUGGACACCUGGACGCUGCAGGAGGGCUUCCCACUGGUCACUGUGGAGGUCAAAGGUCGGGAGGUCAGGCUCAGUCAGGAGCGUUUCCUGAGGGCAGACGACCCCUCCCUCACUGAAGGAUUCUUGUGGCAGAUCCCACUAACAUACCAGACAAGUGCGUCCAGCACCGUCCACCGUUUCCUUCUCAAAACUAAAACUGAUGUCCUGUACCUGCCAGAGGAGGCGGCCUGGGUGAAGUUUAAUGUGAACAUGAGUGGCUACUACAUGGUCCAUUAUGCAGGCGAUGGCUGGGACUCCAUUAUUAAAGUGCUGCAGCACAACCAUACGGCCCUGUCUGGCAACGACAGAGCCAGCCUCAUCCAGAACGUCUUUCAGCUUGUCGGUGUUGGGAAGGUGAGGCUGGACACGGCCCUGGAGCUGUCUUUGUACCUGUCCAGAGAGACUGAGAUCAUGGCUGUGACUCAGGGCUUUGGAGAACUCGUUCCUCUUUACAAGCUGAUGGAGAAAAGAGACAUGCCUGAGCUGGAGAACCAAAUGAAAAGUUUCAUCGUGGAUCUGUUCCGGGAUCUGAUCGACCAGCAGGAGUGGAGCGACUCUGGUUCGGUGUCUCAGCGAGUGUUGAGGAGUUACCUGCUGCUGUUUGCCUGCGUCAGAAACUACGCUCCCUGUUUGAAGAAAGCCACUCAGCUCUUUAACCAGUGGAAGGAUUCUGGCGGCACCAUGAGCCUCCCUGUGGAUAUCACAAUGGCCGUGUUUAUGAUCGGAGCUCGCACACCAGAGGGGUGGGACUUCCUGUUCGAGAAGUACCGCAGCUCAAUGCAGAUGUCUGUCAAGAGUCGCAUGAAGUUUGCAAUGGCCGUCACCCCGCUGCAGGAUAAGCUCAAGUGGAUGAUGGAGCAGAGCCUUGGCGGUGAAGUGAUGAAGACCCAGGACCUCCCUGACGUGGUUGUGUCUGUUGCCAAGAACCCCCGUGGCUACAAGAUGGCCUGGGACUUCCUCCGAGCCAACUGGGUCACCCUGAUCAAGAAGUUUGACCUUGGCUCCAACUCUGUAUCCUACAUGGUGACUGGAGUGACCAACCAGUACUCCACCAGAGAGAUGCUGAAUGAGGUUCGGAGCUUCUUCGACUCUCUCACUGAAGAGACUGGCUCAAAGAUGAGGUGCAUCCAGCAGACGUACGAGACCAUCGAAGAUAACAUCCGCUGGAUGGACGCCCACCUUCCUCUGCUGGAGGCUUGGCUGAACAGACGCAGCCGCAGAACGACUCACGAGGAUUUAUAG